AUGAGGAGGGGUUUUUGGGGAGCGGCGACAACUGGACAAGGAUGGGAUGGUGGUGAGACAAGGGUGGUGGUGGUGGGCACGAUCGUUCAAAGAAGGUCGCCACUAAUAGGAGGUAUGGUGUUGCCUGUUAGGGAUGGCUACGGUGGCUCGAAGUCAAUAUCGGCGCAGCCCGACAGAAGAAAUCCGGUGCCAAGGUGGGCUGUUGGUGGCGCCAUUGUCGGUGGGCUACAGGUGGCGCUAGUGUGGGCUGUCGUGCCUGAGCUUCAUCCCUUUAGGUUCAAGGAUCUACCCUUUCAUGGAACCACCACCGAACUAAAGUUUAUUGCAGAUGUAAGAAAUAUAAGAUCUUCUACCGCCGUGGUAUGGAAUACCCUAGACUUCCUUGAGCAUUCAUCACUGUCACAACUCCAGAAACAAUACCAAAUUCCAAUCUUCUCAAUAGGCCCUUCGCAGAAACUAGCACCAGCCUCAACCACUAGCUUACUAAAGGAAGACACCAGUUGCAUUACAUGGCUUGACAAGCAAGCUCCUAACUCAGUUAUAUAUUUGAGCCUCGGAAGGUUAGCAAUAGCAGAUGAGAAAAAGCUCACUAAGGCAGCUUGGGGACUUGCCAAUAGUGAUCAACCAUCCUUGUGGAUCGUGCAGACAAGCAUGGUUGAUGGCUCAGAUCAAUGUGUUCAGCUCCUUCCUAAAAGUUUUAAAGAAAGAAUAGGAGAAAGAGGUCACAUAGUACACAGUGCAGUGGGAGUGUUUUGGAACCACUACGGUUGGAAUUCCAUCUUGGAAAGUAUAUGUGAAGGGGUUCCAAUGAUAUGCAAGCUAGGUUUCUUAGACCAAAAGCUACGGUGGCUCGAAGUCAAUAUCGGCGCAGCCCGACAGAAGAAAUCCGGUGCCAAGUUGAAUGACCUAGUGCCUGAGCUUCAUCCCUUUAGGUUCAAGGAUCUACCCUUUCAUGGAACCACCACCGAACUAAAGUUUAUUGCAGAUGUAAGAAAUAUAAGAUCUUCUACCGCCGUGGUAUGGAAUACCCUAGACUUCCUUGAGCAUUCAUCACUGUCACAACUCCAGAAACAAUACCAAAUUCCAAUCUUCUCAAUAGGCCCUUCGCAGAAACUAGCACCAGCCUCAACCACUAGCUUACUAAAGGAAGACACCAGUUGCAUUACAUGGCUUGACAAGCAAGCUCCUAACUCAGUUAUAUAUUUGAGCCUCGGAAGGUUAGCAAUAGCAGAUGAGAAAAAGCUCACUAAGGCAGCUUGGGGACUUGCCAAUAGUGAUCAACCAUCCUUGUGGAUCGUGCAGACAAGCAUGGUUGAUGGCUCAGAUCAAUGUGUUCAGCUCCUUCCUAAAAGUUUUAAAGAAAGAAUAGGAGAAAGAGGUCACAUAGUACACAGUGCAGUGGGAGUGUUUUGGAACCACUACGGUUGGAAUUCCAUCUUGGAAAGUAUAUGUGAAGGGGUUCCAAUGAUAUGCAAGCUAGGUUUCUUAGACCAAAAGGUGAAUGCUAGAUACGUGACUUAUUUAUAG